AUGCAUGAAUUUAAUGGUGGUAAAAACUUUAUUGGAUUGUCACUCGGAAGUUUUGCCUGUAUAGGACUAAUUAUUCGAGAUUUUAUUGGUAGUAAAAAAAAGUUGUCGGAUAAACCAUCGAAUAGUUUUUCAAAAAUUAAAACAAGCUGGGUUUCUGCUUCGUUAGGUCUUGGUGCCAUCAUGUUUGGACUGCAUUCCAUGUUUACUGAUUCUUCCACCAUCAUGCGCUGGGUUGUUGAUGGUUAUCCUAAUUACGGUCCAGAUCCUGUUCCUUGGGGAUCUAUUACCAUUUUUGCGAUGGGAAUGGGCUUGUUAAUGUCUACUAAUGCGAAAUUAUCAACAAGUUUUCUGAUGUAUAUAGUUGGAUGCUUUAGCUGUGUAAUUGUUUAUUUUAUUCCUUCUUGGAUUGGAUAUUACGCUGGUCUGGUUCUUGGUGCAUAUUUUAUGGCUAUUACUCCAUAUUUAAUUAGGUCUGCAAUAAUUCACAACCCUGGUCGAACUUUGUUUACUGCCAUGAUAAUUUAUAAUAUUUUUUGUCUUGCACAUGUAUGGGUCGUUGCUUAUGAGUUUGUUCCUGGUGGACCAUUAGCUCGUGAACGCACAAAUUGGAUUUUAAUAUUUAUGAUGACAUUCAUUGGCUUUAGUGUUCAUAAUGCUGCUAGUAUUGUUGAAAAUCUUAAAACUACACAACUUCAAAAAAUUAGAUCUAUUAGAAAUUAUACUCGCCUAUUGGAAUCCGAUACUCAGCGCAUUAUCAUGGGUAACAGAGAUUUGUGGCAGUACAUUUCUGAAGACUUAGGUUAUUACGUAGAUUACGGUCCGGGACCGGCAAAACACACAUGGGGCUGUGCCAUACUUUCAAAAUUCCCUAUAAUAAAUUCGACUCAUCAUCUUUUACCUUCUCCAGUUGGUGAACUUGCUUGUGCAAUUCAUGCAACUUUGAAUAUUUAUGGUCAACAUGUUGAUUUUAUUGUUAGUCAUAAUGGUCAAGAAGAGAAUCUAUUGGAUCGUGAAUUACAAACUACCGAAUUGGCUCGAAUCAUGCGUGAAUCUCCUAAUCCGUUCGUAUUCUUGGGAUAUGUUGUGACAGCACCAUUUCAACAUGUUUAUCAUAUUCUUUUUGAUGAUGGUCACAUAAAUGAUAUUGAUCCAUCUGAGAUGUCUAGAUGGUGUGAAUACAUUGGAUUCCGUGGGCUAAAAAGAAUUUCAUUUGCACGAGUCAGUCAUGGUCACAUUACUGAUACAGAAAUUCAAGCUGGUAAAUUCCUUGUGGUCAAUGAUUCAAAUAAUAUUUCAAAUAAUGAUUUGAAUAAACAAGUUCAAAAGGAUCAUUAUCCAGCUUCAAUGCAAUUUCCUGAAAUGUUUUACAAUGAAGGAAUACGUGGUCAUCGAUAUGACGAUACCUAUCCUCGUUAUUUCGAAUAG